GGCAGCUCCUGCAGGAAAUCCACAGGUCACGAGCCCGAGGUGUCAGCUCUUUGUGAGUGACUGGAUCCAGUGCCACAGGCUGCAGUGGAAACAACACAGCUUCACCCUUGAAUGUGUAAACUCAGUAUGAACCGGAGCAAGCAAAGCAGAUGCUGGAUCUCUUUUUCCAUCUGAGGUUGAGAAAGCUUUUAAGACACUUGGAAAUGUUUCAAUGAAUUUAAUGGAUCACAGCAAUCCCAGGUGGAAAAGCAGGAAUACAGGCGUGCUAAAGAGAAGAGAAUGGAUGAUUCUGUGGUCUGUAAUCAGUCUUCUCAUUAACAUAUUAACGAAGCAGUAGAGACAAAAAAGGGGAAGAUUUCAUCCUCCAAACAAAGGACUUGUCAUGUCUUAUCAUUACAAUGAAGGCUUUGAAAAUCCAGACUACUACUUCUCAGAGACAUUGGAAAUUGAUAGAAGGAGAAGUUCUCAAAACAAUCCCUUCUCUCACCAAACCCCUGAUGAUCCUUCACUUCAUGGUUCCUAUGGAGAGCGCAGUGGAAGAGAGCAGAACUACCCUGUGGCCAUACCAAUGGACUCCAUGAGACCUGGCUCUGGAUACAGAGAGGAUUUACCAAGCAGGAAUCCAAAUGGAAAUUUCACAGACAAUCUUUCCUUUGAGCCUGAGCCAGAACUGGCAUACACCCCAGCUUCUACCUUCCAUCAGCUGGAUUAUCCCUAUACCCACAGAACUUCCAAUGGAUCAGAAGACAGCUUUGUUCGGAGACGGAACAGAAGACCACCUGAUGAGGCCUUUCUGGCUCCCUCCAGCAUGUUUGGAACAGAUCCAGUGGGCAGUGAAGAGAAAGAUUUAAUUGGAAGCCUUGCAAAUAUGUCCACCAGUGAAAGGAUUAAGGCAAUCCAGAAGAUGCCAGGGACCAUGAAAAAAAAGAGAGAGAUCAGAAAUAAAGUUCUUAAAGAAAUAACAGAAAAGUCAAGGCACCGUGGCACUCAACUUUCCUGCUGUACACAGUGUCUGCAGGACACAGCAGUGUCAUUUCGGCGGUUUGGAAACACCAUUUCAGAACAUUUUCACCUGCUGCGGGUGUGGCACAAGACCCUGAAGAUCAUUGGUGCUGAGUUUGGAACGAGUGUUCUUUCUUAUUUUAUUUUCUUGAAGUGGCUGCUAAAUUUUAACAUCUUCUCAUUCCUCAUAAACUUCAGCUUCAUCACAAUUCCUCAGUUUCUUGCAGCAGAACCAAAUAACCUUUCAUUCACGGGUCUGGAGCUGCUCACUGGAGCUGGUUAUUUUCAACAAACAGUACUCUACUAUGGCUUUUACACCAAUGCCACAAUCAGUAAAAUAAAGAACGGUCCAUCUUACAACAUGCAGCUGGCCUAUAUUUUCACUGUUGGAGUACAUUUUGUCAUCUGUUUUCUUAUCUUGUCAUUCAGCAUGGCAAACUCCUUCACCAGGAACUUUAUUAACCCUCAGGCAUACUCUGUGAAUGCCAGCAAACUGCUCUGCACUUGGGACUUCAAUAUAACUAAUGAAAAAGCUGUGAAGCUGAAACAAAAGAAUCUCAGCACACAAAUAAAGGAACACCUCAGUGAAGUAAACAAAGAAGUUGUAAAUUUUUCUGUGACACAGAGAAUUGCUCGUAUUGGUGUUCAUCUUCUUUCCUGGUUUGCUUUUCUGGGAACAGCAGUAGCUGCUUGUGCUGGUGUUUACUUCCUCUCCAUCAAUAACCUUGAGCUGUUUGUGAAAGGGCGUAACAAUGACCUCGAGAGCCAAGCUGCCAUGUUGGUGCUACCUUUGGUUGCAACUCUCCUCAACACAUUCACCCCAUUCUUCUACUCCUGGCUUGGACGCAUGGAGAGGUUUCAGACUCCUGGACAGCAGAUAUAUGUCACUAUUGCCAGAAAUAUCAUCCUGAAAAUCUCUAUUGUUGGAAUACUGUGCUACUACUGGCUUAACAUUGUGUCUGCCUCAGAGUCACAGUGCUGGGAAACUCUGGUUGGCCAGGAUAUCUAUCGUCUUGUUCUAGUUGACUUCAUAUUUUGCUUGCUUGGCUCUUUCUUUGGAGAGUUUUUACGAAGAAUUAUUGGAACUACAGUCUGUGUGAGCCUGGGGCAGCCAGAAUUUGAUAUCGGACGAAAUGUUUUAGAUUUGAUCUAUGCACAGACCUUGACCUGGAUUGGUAUCCUGUUCUCACCUCUGCUGCCUGGUAUCCAGAUGAUAGCAUUUUCUAUAGUAUUUUAUGUGAAAAAGGUCAGCCUGAUGAGGAAUUGCCAGCCCCCUCGCAAAGUCUGGAGAACUGCUCAAAUGACAACAUCCUUCAUGUUCCUACUGUUUUGCCCUUCCUUCCUUGGAGUCCUGUGUGUCAUUGGAGUCAGUGUCUGGAGGUUAAAACCUUCAGAAGGAUGUGGUCCUUUCAGAGGCUUGUCUUCUAUGUAUGCUGCAGUGUCUGAGUGGAUACACACACUGGAACAUUACACUGCCUCAGAAUGGGUUGUGUGGAUCUACCAUAACUUAAUUAAAAGUGAACUUUUCUUCUUCAUCCUCUCUAGCAUUGUACUAAUUAUUGCUUAUCUUUACUGGCAAAUAAUACAAGGAAGAAAGACCAUGACCAAACUCUUACGUAAGCAAAUUAUUAAUGCAGCAAAAGAUAAGAUGUUUUUACUUGAAAAACUAAGGAGACUGCAAAGGGCAAACCGAAAUCCAUCUGCAGUGAGAGGACAAGGCCAGCAGAGAAGCUCCUCUUCAUACCACCCAUCCAGGCAACCUGCCCAGCAAGUGCCAGGCUACCCAGGAGAGGCAUUUGACAGAGACCAAAACACAUCCUACACAGAGUAUCCCUAUUCUGCUGGGAUCUCAAGUGGCACUGACUUCCCACUAGAUGGGGAGCCAGCCCAGCCCAGCAGCAGUGGCAUGUCCGAGGCCGUGGCACUCGCCCUGCGCGCCAGAGAAGCGGCUCAGUGGGACGACGAUGAUGAUGAUGAAGGAUAUUUUCAACCCUGAGCAAGCACAGUCAGUACAACUGAUGGGUGUCCUGCAGAAAGCAACAUUCUUUUGCACUAAUGACUCAAAGAAUCACUCAAACAUAUUUUUACCUCUAAAUGGGACAAUAAACAGAACAAAAUGCAUCCCAACUGCAGUUUGUUGUGACAGGGAAUAUCCUGUGUGAUGGGUUUGUUUUGCAGCAGUGGUAUUCUGGUGACACUCACCUCGAUGCAGUGAGGCUCCCUGCACAGCUGGCCACUUGUUCUUGACUGAAUAUAAGGAAACUUGUGCCUAAUUGUAAAUAAAAGUUAUGGUUUAAAAAUAUUUUUGUAUCAGUUACAUCGUUUAAACUGCUUUUAUCUGAUCUAAACCAAACCUGAUGUAUUGGUUAAAUAAACAUAGAAAGAAAUUAAA